UUUAAAAAGGAAAAUGAGAAUGAUGGAUUUCCCUCCAACUCCCACCCGCACGCCUUAUCUCCAGAUUUUAAGAUUACCCUCACCGACCUUCAUUUUUAAACUCUUCAACUUCAUUCCCCAAAAUUUUUUUCUUUUUUACGUUUUUUUAUAAAAAAUUGAAUCGGUUUCUACUGCUGGGGUUUGCAGUUCCUACUUCCUAUUUGUUUCUGCGGAGCAUAUCUAGGGUUUCUAAUAUACUUCACUUCGUCCCAGGUUAGGUUGACAUGGAUUCUACAAUGCAAGCUUUCCAGCACCGAACACUUUCUGUUAAAUUGUGGCCUCCUAGUCAGAGUACUAGGUUAAUGCUUGUAGAGAGAAUGACGAAGAAUCUUAUUACUCCAUCUAUUAUUUCCAGAAAGUAUGGACUAUUGAGCAAAGAAGAGGCUGAGGAGGAUGCCAAGGAAAUUGAAGAGUCAGCAUUUGCUGUUGCAGACCAACACCAUCAGAAAGAGCCAGAUGGUGAUGGAAGUUCUGCAGUGCAGGUUUAUGCCAAAGAAUCCAGUAAGCUCAUGCUGGAAGUUCUUAAAAGGGGCCCUAGAAGGAAGGAGGAUGGGGAGGCAGCAGCAAUUGAGAAAUCUGCUGCUGUGCAUGGAGAUGUAUUUGACAUAUCUGGUGGUCAACGCGCGUUUAUCAGUGCAGAGGAGGCUGAGGGUCUUUUUAAACCACUUAAGGAGCCUGGAAACCAGUAUUCUAAGAUCUGUUUCAGCAACAGAAGUUUUGGCUUGGAUGCUGCUGGUGUUGCAGAGCCAAUCUUGUCUUCGAUCAAGGAUCAGUUGACAGAAGUAGACUUAUCCGACUUUGUUGCAGGAAGGCCAGAGUCAGAAGCUCUUCAAGUUAUGAAUAUAUUUUCUUUGGCCCUGGAGGGUUCUAACUUGAGAUAUCUGAACCUUUCAAAUAAUGCCUUGGGUGAAAAAGGUGUAAGGGCUUUUGAAGCACUCCUCAAAUCACAAAAUAGUCUGGAGGAGCUUUAUCUAAUAAAUGAUGGUAUCUCAGAGGAAGCUGCUUGUGCAGUUCGUGAGCUAAUCCCUUCCACUGGGAAGCUGAAGGUCCUUGAGUUUCACAACAACAUGACAGGUGAUGAAGGUGCAGUUGCUAUUGCUGAUAUUGUGAAACGAUCUCCUAUGUUGGAGAAUUUCCGAUGUUCUUCAACAAGGAUAGGCUCAGACGGUGGUGUUGUACUGGCUGAAGCACUUGGAGCAUGUAGUCGUUUACGGAAGCUUGAUCUUAAUGAUAACAUGUUUGGAGUGGAAGCUGGAGUUGCUUUGAGCAAGUCUAUAGUUGCAUUUGCAGAUCUUACUGAGAUUUAUCUCAAUUACCUAAACUUGGAGGAUGAGGGGGCGGAAGCACUUUCCAAUGCUCUAAAAGAGUCUGCACCUUCACUUGAAGUUCUUGAAAUGGCUGGUAAUGAUAUAACUGCCAAAGGAGCUUCUGCUUUGGCAGCCUGUAUUGCAGCAAAACAAUUUCUCAGCAAGUUAAACCUUUCUGAGAAUGAACUGAAGGAUGAAGGUGGUAUUUUGAUUGCUAAGGCAAUAGAGAGUGGUCAUGGCCAGUUAAAUGAAGUUGAUUUGAGCACUAACUCAAUCAGAAGGGCCGGGGCAAGGCUCUUGGGACAGGCUGUUGUGCUUAAGCCUGGAUUUAAGCUGCUCAAUAUCAAUGGUAAUUUUAUAUCUGAUGAAGGGAUAGAUGAGGUGAAGGAUAUAUUCAAGAAUUUGCCUGGUGUGCUUGGGCCUUUGGAUGAGAAUGAUCCAGAAGGUGAAGAUCUUGAUGAGGCAAAAGAAGUGGAUGCAGAUAAUGAAGAUGAACUGGAGUCUAAACUCAAGGGGCUUGAAAUCAAGCAUGACGAAUAAUGGUUCCAUCUGAAGUAAUCUGCUAUCUUAGAAUUAAAACUUAUACAUAAACUUGUGCUUUUUUUUUUCAGAUUAAGGUAUUGUUUCAAUGCAAUCUAGUCCAGCUGCAUUAACUGGGGUACGAUAGAUUCAUCCAUCAUAGGUUGGCAUGAGAAGCGGUUCUUUUUCUCCUGAAAUCAUGCAACCAAGUUCAGCAUGUUGUAGCUUAAAGAUACCUAGGAUCUGCAAUUAAUUGUAGUAUUUGCUAGGCAAUGUUGAAUUGCUUUGCGCAGUAUGUUGUUUUUCAUAUACUAGGGGCUCUCAUUAUCAGGGUGUUGGUGGCUUUCCCAGUAGAUGCAUGCUCGACAGUUGAGUUGACAUUUGGUUGCACGAGGCUUUGUAGACUUAAAAUAUUUGUUGUUACCUGAUUUAUGGUGAUCAUGUUGGUGUAGUUAAGGUAAAAGUGUGGUGAUUAGCUUGUCAACUGUAUCUUUGAAAUGAUAUCUUUGAAAUGAUAUCUUUGAAAUGAAGUUUUCUAUGAUUACAA